AAGAAGUGCCUUGGAGAAAAGCCAGACCAUCCCAUUCCACUGGUCCACAGUUGGGACCGCACGUCUCCAUCUUCAACGACCAAAGCGUAUAGAAUGAUCCAACACAGAGCCUUAGCAUAAGUAUGAGCUCAAGCAAUCGAUCAAUCAGCCAGCCUGCCACAAACAGCCUCCUCUCCAUAGCUCACAGCCCAUUUCUGUUGAUGAUAAAAUCCAAUCCCCCCUCUUUCUCCCCGUUCCAUCACCAAAAAUCGUAGCCUACGUACGUGGUGUGGGUGUCUACGGUCCACACAUCCACCCACCACCGCAACAACCCCCCCCCCGGGAGUCAAAAAUGCCUACCCCUACAGUCCUCCUCAUCCCCGGCUUCUGGGAAGGGCCGACCGUCUACACCCACCUCGCCACCCUCCUCACAACCGCCGGCUACCCCGUGGAGACGGCCACCCUCCCCAGCACCGGCACCGUUUCGCCCGGCAACCCGACCAUGAAAGACGACAUCGCCGCCCUCCGCGCCGCCAUUUCCCGGAUGGUCUCCCGCGGCGACUCCGUGGUGCUCGUCCUGCACUCGGCCGGCGGGUUCCUGGGCUGCGAGGCCAUGCAGGGCCUUGAUCGCGGGGCCCGCGGCGGCGAGGGCGGCGUCGUCGGGAUCGUGUUCCUGGCGGCUGCGGUGUUUCCUGUGGGGUUGGAGCAUAAGCCGUUGCCGUUUGCUUGGGUGGAGGGCGGCGCAUCGUACUGCGCGAAUCCCCAGAAGCUGCUGUUCGGGGAUCUGUCGGAGGAGGAGCAGAGGAGGUGGACGGGGGUGCUCAGGCCCCAGCCGGCGCAGGGCUGGGAUGCCACGGUCGAGUAUGCCGGGUGGCGGGAUGUGCCCAGCGUGUAUCUGGUGUGUGAGGCGGAUCAGGCUUUGCCGGUGGGGUUGCAGGAGCAGUUGGCUGCUACGGCGGGCAGUCGGGUUGAACGGUGCAGUGCGGGCCAUGUGCCGCAGGUUGGCCAGCCGGAGAGGGUGGCUGAGGUGGUUUUGGGGGCGGUUGCCGAGUUUACGGAGUCGUGAGUUUGGGGGAGAUGGUAGGGUGUGGUUGGAGUGCGGUGUAUAUAUCAUAUAGCAUAUAGCAUGCAGUAUAGGCCUGGCGUCUGCGUAUGAUGGUGCCAGGUGACGAUGUCGUGUAAAUACCACAUGGCUGUCUCGCCAGGAUCCUAUUCGUUAUCAAUCGGAUCGA